AGUUGAGUAACUAAAAAUCCAGAAAGCAAAAUUGAAAAUAUAGCUUUCUUCUGGUUUUCUUCCCUUAGACUUGGUGUCUCACAAUUAUUCUAGUUAAUAGAAUCAGGCCAAGAUGUCUCGUAGAACCCAGUCUGAUAUUUUGGCAAAUGAGGCAACAUUAAAAAGUAGAGUUAAAGAGCUUGAGUCUGAGGUGCUCAGUCUGAAACGUCGUCUCGAUGAAUUGAGGAAAGCAAAGAACACAACUGUGUUAAAACGUGAGAGAGAAGUGCUUCAAGUAGGAGUACCAUUUGGUAAAAGAGAUUCUUCAGAUGAACCAAAAGUUGAAAAUUUGAUGAAACAACUAGAUGACAAAGAUAAAUUAAGAGAAACAGAGAUUGAAAAACUACGCAAAAAGUUUACCAAGGAAAUGGAGGAUCUAUCCAAAAUUCAGUCAAAGGAAAAGGGAGCUUGCAACCAUGAGCCAAUAAUCAAAGAACUGAAUACGAGAGUUGGUGAAUUGGAAGCUGACAAAGCUGCAAUUAUGAUAGAGAACCAGGACCUCAAGGAAAAAGUGGACACUCUCCUGAUGCAACUAAGUGUAAAAGAGGCGCAGUGGUGUGAAACAGAGGAACAACUCAAUAUGAAGUUGAAGAAACAAUGGAGUGAGAAGUACCAAGAAUGGAUGGCAGAAACUGAGAGGAAGAUUGAAGCAUUACAACAGGCAAACACUAUGCUACAAGGUUUACUACGGAGGCAACGACCGCCAGGGGAUGACCAGCCUUUACCCCCAAGAUGAUGUCAGUCUCUUCCCCCAAUUUGAUGUCAGCUUCCAUGUUCCCCAUAUGUGAUGUCAGUCUCUAUCUCAAGUGACACCAGUACAGGACUAUUACAAAAUGUUACAUAAACGGUGAGAGCAACAACUGAGUUAUCUGCUUAUGCCUAUUACCCAAGGGACUAGAUGGACAAAGGCAAGCUUUAGAUGCUGUAAUAUAGGCAAAACUCAAACAAAAAUAAUUCAAGAAUAUUUUGCCUGUACAAAUAUAAGAUUUUCAGAGUUGCAUAAAUAUUUACUUGGAAUAUGUUAGUAGGGUAACAUAAAGAUAUUUUGUUGUGUUAUACCUAAAACGAUGUGUGUAUUUGAGAUAAAACUGGAGAAACCCGAUGACAAGGUAUGAAGUAAUUAUUCAUUAAAAAUCAUACUGUAUCUCUUGUGUUAGGUCUUUCAUUCAUCCAUAGUUUUUGGCUUCACUCAUGUGUAGA